AAAUAUAAACCCUUGAUAGUUACUGACAUUUAAAGUAAAACUGAAUAAUGUUGAAGACAACCCAUUUGGAAAACUCGAUGGACAACAAUCUUACAACCACCGUUGAUGCUGUGAAUGGAAUAAACGAUGAAACAGUUGGAUAUGAUUAUGAAUUCAUCCCAUCUUUGGACAACAAGUAUAUGUGCCCUAUCUGUUUGUUGGCAUUACGUGAUCCUGUUCAAACAGAAUGUGGGCAUAGAUUUUGCCAUCUGUGUAUAUUACGCUGUAUCAGAAGCAAAGCCAGUUGCCCAGUUGACCAAAUAACAUUGUUUUCCAACCAACUUUUCCAAGAUCGCUCAGCUCACAGGGAGGUUUUGGACUUGAAAGCAAAAUGUCCCAACAUUGGAUGUGAUUUGGUUGUGGAAUUGCGCAAUAUUAAGAACCACAUAGCAAAGUGCCCACAUAGGAGAACACCAUGCAAGAAUGGCUGUGGGUUGGAGUUGUUAGAACAAGACUUGGUGCACCAUGAGACAAGCCAGUGUCCAAAUAGACCUGUGACUUGCCCAACAUGCCAACAGGAAUAUGCUUUCUCUGCAGAAAAGGAACACGAGGAAGAAUGUAAACAAUAUGAACCUGUGCUAUGCGAACAUUGCAAUCAUGAAGUUAAAAGAUAUAAAUUAAAACAACACAUGAGCAGUGAAUGCCCGCAAGCUCCAAUUAAAUGUGUGUUUGAUAAAGUAGGAUGCCAUCAACAGUACCCCCGUCACGACAUCAAGACGCAUAUGGAGAAUACAACUCAAAUUCACCUCCAAUAUUUACUAAGUUUUAUCAUGAAUUUACAAAAACAAAACGACGAGCUUCAAGAAAGCUUAAAAGUUGCCAAAUUAAAACUCGACAAAACAACAGCAAAGGAGAAUGAAUCUUCGGACGCCACUGUUUCUGAUCGCCUUAGAUUUGAAUCUGUCAAUAUUUCCGAUGGAAACAUUUAUUCCCCCAAUCAUGAAGCUGCUUCAGAAAACGAUGAAAUUGAUGAAAUUGACCGGAUCAAAGUUGAGAACAAACGAAGGGAAGAAGCAAUGGUUUCGUCAGCAUCGUCGUCCAGUGCUUCAUCUCCACUAGUGGGGGCCACAGGGGAACCACUGAACAACCAUCUCCAUCUAACGAUGAUGGUGAACAAACAAACAGACCAGGACGGGAAAAUUGUCAGACUUGACCACCACGUGCGUGAACUGAUGGCGAAGAUGGAAACGCAAAUAUUACAAAUCAAAGAUAUUCAAAACAGACUGACUGGGAUGGAACAAAGGAUUGAUAACCAGGAGUUGAGAUGUUGCAAUGGAUUAUAUUAUUGGAAAAUUAAAGAUUACGCACAAUUACGCAGAGCAGCGUGUCUCGGUGAAAUGCCGGUCUUACACAGCCCAGGUUUCUACACAAGUCCCCAAGGUUAUAGGAUGUGUAUCCGUGCCAACCUUGAUGGGGUGGAAAGCGCACAAGGAACCCAUCUUUCCUUAUUUGUUCAUCUCAUGAAAGGAGAUUUUGAUGAUGUGUUACCUUGGCCUUUCUGUGGUUCAAUCACACUCACUGUUAUAAACCAGAAAGAGUUGCCAUCACAGCGGGCGCACGUGUCUGAAAUGUUGGAAUCGCGAGCCAACUUAAUGGCUUUCCAGCGUCCUAUAACUGAGCGCAACCAGAAGGGAUACGGCUACAUAGACUUCUUACCACUCAAUUUAAUCGAAACUGAAGGAUUUAUUAAAUCAGACACGCUUGUUAUAAAAGCUCAGGUCCACGUUUAUGAACUUUCUCUUCAAUAAAACUAAAACUUGCAAAAUUUUAUUUUUAUCUGAAUUUUAUUUUUUAUUUGAGAGAAUUAUAAUUAUGUCAGUUUCAUUUAAAUACAUUAUCUCCUCCUGUAUUUUUGUAUGUCUGCCAAAACUUUACAACUUAAUAAAACAAACUGUUAACAAACUUUCGAACUUAUGCUGUGCAUCUUGAAUGUAGACCGGGCUUUAUAGUUUUAGUUCAAUUAUUAUUUCACCCAUUAUCUGGUUGAUCUGAACGUUAUCAACAUUUCAUCCAUUACUGUCCUUUGUUGAUUGGACCGUUAAUGGCGUCUCACCUGUUAUAUUUCUUUUACUCAUUUUCCUGGCCAGAUUUUUGAACUAUUUUUAAACAACCUAUAACUAUAUCAUUGUAACGCGUCUACAAUAGUGUUUAUUUAUGUUUAUUGUUUUUUCCUCCAGUGUUUAAUGUCCACGCAGUUUCAUUCCCGUUACACAAUGUAAUAUACCAGCAAGUAUAACCGUGGGCAGAAGUCAUGUUGUUAUAAAUCUAUAAAUAAUAUGAUGUUUCAAUCUGUUUGUGCAUUAAGUUUAUUACAAGUUGCCAUCUAUUGUUGCUUUAUUUGUUGUUAUCAUGCGAUUGUACUUUGUUUGUAAAAUCUAUUUAGGCUCAGUUUUCCAUCACCACAGUAAACUGGCUUGCCAUUUAAAAAUACCAACUGUA